UAAUUCAUGUACGUAAGAUUCUUGAGCUCUCUCUCCUGUCAACCACUCCAUAAUAAAUAAAAAUCGAUCACUCUUCUUCGUGAUCCGAGGUUCAGAUCUGAGCACUCACAGAAAUGGCAGAGGUUACGAUAAUGCUGCUGAAAGUUGACCUCCAGUGCUCAAAUUGUUAUAAGAAAGUGAAGAAAGUGCUUUGUAAAUAUCCUGAGAUACGAGACCAAGUUUACGACGAGAAGCAAAACACAGUGACGAUAAAAGUGGUGACCUGCUGUCCUGAAAGAUUGAUGCAAAAGAUAUGCCGCAAAGGCGGUAAAGCAAUCAAGAGUAUCGAAAUAAAAAAACCCGAGAAGAAGACAGAGAAGCCAAAAGUUGUUAUUAUCGACCCACCACCGAAACAGAAGCCACAACCACCAAAGGCGUCUGAUCCGGCACCAACUUCCAAGGCUAUUGUACAAGCACCAACUCUCCAGGCUCCUGUACUGGCACCGGGCUAUCCUAGUUACCCAAUUGGGGUGUCCUGCAGGGAGUGUUAUGGCGGGCAUGGAGGGGGGCCAUGUCAACAGCUUGGUUAUGGAAGACCUAUAUGUUAUGAUGGUUAUUACGGACGGCCGGUUUAUGACAGUUGGGGCGGCCGUGGCGGUGGUUGGAGUAGAAGUAAUUACAGGAGUGGCGGGGAUUAUUUCUGUGAUGAAAAUCCUUCAACUUGCUCAAUUAUGUAAUUGGAUUAAUGGUUGAUAUAUGCAUUUUAGUCAAUGUCAUGCGUUUCAUGAUCGAUCAUGCUGUGGUUUGCUCUUAAUUAGUUUAAUUAUGUCGAAUGCGGUCAAAACCAACUCAGAGUUGGAAUGAUGGUUAAGAGAAGAACGUAAUAUAUAUUACUUUUACAACUUCAUAAAACUGUCUCAUAUAUAUUUUUCUAUU